CUUCAUUUCUUUCUCCUCUUUCCAAGAAUCACCAUUUUUGAAGAAACAAAAGCUCCAUUUUAUUCUGUUUUAAUUCAUUCUAGGGGCUUCAAAAAGUUGUGGGGUGUUCUUGUUUUCUCUCAAUUUGAGCAUUUUUACAACUUUUUUUUUGAGAAAUUUUCACUAAGGAUCUGUAGAAUGAUAGUGAAAUGGUGGGUAACAGCAUUUCAACUGACAGAGCUAUUUGUGAGUUCUUUGGUUCAUUUGAGUUAUGGGUUUUACUUAUUUAGCACAGCCGUCGCCGGUGAUGUUUCUCAGUCAGUGAACAAUUGGAUUUUCAAGCCAAAAUUUGAGGGUAACAAAGAGAUAAAGAGUUUAAAUGAUUUGCCUCCUAUAGUUUUGGUUCAUGGAAUCUUUGGUUUUGGCAAAGGGAGAUUGGGAGGACUUUCGUAUUUUGCUGGUGCAGAGAAAAAGGAUGACAAGGUUCUUGUUCCAGAUUUGGGUUCGCUAACUAGCAUAUACGACAGGGCUCGUGGAUUGUUCUAUUAUUUGAAAGGAGGGCAAGUUGAUUAUGGGGAGGAGCACAGCAAGGCUUGUGGACAUUCCCAAUUUGGACGAGUUUAUGAACAAGGGUACUACCCCGAGUGGGAUGAAGAUCACCCUAUUCAUUUUGUGGGGCAUUCAGCUGGAGCACAGGUUGUUCGAGUUCUGCACCAGAUGCUGGCUGACAAGGCAUUCAAGGGUUAUGAGAACACUUCAGAGAACUGGAUCUUAAGCAUAACAUCAUUAUCUGGAGCACUUAAUGGGACAACCAGGACAUACUUCGAUGGAAUGCAACCUGAAGACGAAAAGUCGAUAAUGCCUGUAAGUUUGCUCCAACUUUGCCGCAUUGGAGUAAUAGUUUAUGAGUGGCUCGACAUUCCUUUGAUGAAGGACUAUUACAACUUUGGGUUUGAUCACUUCAGUAUGACCUGGAGGAAAGUUGGUAUCCGGGGUCUUCUUGAUUACCUUUUAGGGAAUGCUGGUCCAUUUGCUUCAGGGGACUGGAUACUUCCUGAUCUUACCAUCCAGGGGUCAAUCAAGUUGAACAGACACUUACGUACAUUUCCGCAAACAUACUACUUCAGCUAUGCUACCAAGCAUACCACAAAAGUUACGGGUUUUGCAGUUCCUUCUGGCAUUCGAGGGAUACAUCCUCUGCUAUUCAUUAGAGUCCUGCAAAUGAGCCAAUGGCGGCAUCCUCAAGAUGUUUCUCCUCCGUAUAAGGGCUAUAGGGAUGAAGAUUGGUGGGACAAUGACGGUGCUCUCAACACCAUAUCUAUGACACACCCUCGUUUGCCGGUUGAACACCCUAGUUGCCUUGUUAUUAAAGAUUCUGAUUGCCAGCCGUUGCAACCUGGCAUCUGGUACUAUAAAAUAAUAGAAGGCGACCACAUUCUUUUCGUUGUGAAUCGCGAUAGAGCUGGAGUUCAAUUUGAUUUGAUCUACGACAGCAUAUUCGAGCGCUGCAGGAAACAUGUCUUAAGAAAGACAACAACACUGCCAAACCAAGUACCUCCUGAAUAGUCAGCAAGAUACUUCUCUCAUUUGUUUAUGAAAUACUGCAUUAUCACAUUCUUUGUAAUUCUUUUACACACUGAC